AUGAGGGGGGAUAAUCAGAGCAGUGUGUCCGAGUUCCUCCUCCUGGGGCUCCCCAUCCAGCCAGGGCAGCAGGGCAUGUUCUUCACCCUGUUCCUGGGCAUGUACCUGACCACGGUGCUGGGCAACCUGCUCAUCAUCCUGCUCAUCAGGCUGGACUCUCGCCUGCACACGCCCAUGUACUUCUUCCUCAGCCACCUGGCCUUCACUGAUGUCUCCUUCUCAUCUGUCACUGUCCCAAAGAUGCUCAGGAACAUGCAGACUCAGCAACAAUCCAUCUCCUAUGUGGGAUGCAUUACUCAGUUGUAUUUUUUCAUACUUUUUGGUUGUCUUGACAAUUUCCUUCUGGCAGUGAUGGCAUAUGACAGGUACGUGGCCAUCUGUCACCCUCUGCACUACACCACCAUCUUGAGGCAGGAGCUGUGCAUAUUUCUGUUGGCUGGAUCCUGGCUCCUCUCCUGUGGCAGCGCCCUGUCCCACACCAUCCUUCUGGCUCAAGUGUCCUUCUGUGCUGACAACAUUAUCCCUCACUUCUUUUGUGACCUCGCUGCCCUGCUUAAGCUCUCCUGCUCAGACACCUCCCUCAAUGAAAUUUUAAUCUUUGCUGUUGGGGGAUUGAUCAUUAUCCUGUCAUUUACUGGGGUUCUUGUCUCUUACAUCCACAUUGGGGCAACGGUCUUAAGGUUUCCCUCAAUCAAGGGGAUACGUAAAGCUUUGUUCACCUGUGGUUCCCAUCUCUCUGUGGUAUUUCUAUUCUAUGGGACAAUUAUGGUUCUGUACUUUUUGCCAUCAUCAAGCAAUUCUAAUAACAAAGACACAAUUGCCUCAGUGAUGUACACAGUGGUCACCCCCAUGCUGAACCCCUUCAUCUAUAGCCUGAGGAACAGAGACAUGAAGGGGGCCCUGGAGAAACUUCUCACAAGGGAGAUCCUUUUCUCCAAGUGA